UUUGACCCCUCCGUUCGAGUUGGGCGCCUGGAGGAAUUGGUGUAUUUGUCAGACGCAAUGAAAACCACCGAGUUUGAUUCGUCUGAUGAUGAGGAGGAGGUUGAGGAGGAGCAUCAAACUCCCCUGGAAAUCUCCUGGCUACCCCUCUCAGUUGUGGAGUGUUCCCAGUUUCUUGGAAUCUGUGCUUUGCCAGGAUGCAGAUACAAAGACGUCAGAAGAAACCUGCAGCGGGAUAUGGGAGAGCUGCAGGCGCAGGGGGUGCAGGACGUGUUCGUGUUCUGCACCCGGGGGGAGCUCUACAAGUACCGCGUGCCCUGCCUCCUGGACGCCUACCGGCAGCGUGGCCUCCGGGUGCACCACCUGCCCUUCCCAGACGGGGGCGUCCCCGAGCUGGAGCAGUGCUGCCACAUCCUGGAGUUGCUGCAGCUCAGCAUCGAGAACAACAGGAAGACCGUCAUCCAUUGCUAUGGGGGCCUGGGUCGCUCUGGACUAAUCGCUGCAUGCCUGCUGCAGAAGCUGUCUAUCGCCAUGACGCCCGACAAAGCCAUCGACAUUCUCCGACAGUUGAGAGGGAGCGGGGCCAUACAGACGGUCAAGCAAUACAACUUCCUGCACGAGUUCCGGGAGAAGUACGCUGCCUACCAGGAAUCCAAAGACGUUCCGUUUGAGCGAUCCUUGUCUCGAUGAGUUUACCUGCACGAGGAGUUUGAUCAUUCUCUCUGCUGUUGUCGAUUUCAUAAUCUAUAAUGCAAAAACAAAUUGAAUGGGUUUCCCCUGCAAUAUAAUGCUUUUGGCCUGAUUCUAUGGUAUUAUCUCUUCCUGCACUUUACAAAAACAUAAUGAUGGUGUUAACUUUUAAAAUAAUGUAAUAUAUUUUCCUUUAAAAAUUGUAAAUCACCAAUUUGUUUCAUAUAUUUUUGAUUUAAAGAAGAAAAUUGAAUACAUUAAACUCCCACGCAGUUAUGAUACUUAUGUUUCUCCUGCAUGAUGUAAUAUAUACAUGUUUAAAAUAAAUCAUAUUUAAUCAGCAUUUUGCAUUAAUGGAUACAUUUGGGUAAGCAUAUAAAAUGGUGCUUGUGCAUGUGAUCAGGUUUCUAAAUUAAAUUGAAAUAAAAUGAUGGGUUAAUCUUGA